AUGACCUUGACGACGUCGAGCCUACAGCACCGUUCAAUCCUAUCCUCGCGCUACCUAGUACAUCGUACGGAUUCGCAACGGCAUGGGCGUCUCGCCCCGGAGGCGGCUGCCAUCUCGGGCGCACAGUACAGCGCAUUCUGCGUCGGAAAGACGAGCCACGUGGCCAUGGCUUGGCCGAUGCGGACACUGGGUGGCGCCGGGUACAGCAUGAUGGAGGAAGUCGUGGGCCCCGCGCUUGACCAGCUGACGCUGGCCGAGGAUGAAGAGGCCAUGGAGCUGUAG